CGCUGGCUGUCAUUCGUCCAAAGCGAGCCAGCCGGUGCGAUCGUGGCGCUGGCGGAGUGGAGCAGCGCGAGCCGCAUGUAAAUGAACAACUCCACCUCCGUGUUGCCGUCACCUGAGGAUCCAGAGGGGAACGCCGACUGUCCCGUCCCUGUCAUCGGCGAGCUGACCUCAACCGUGUGGAGAGAUUACGCAAAAAAAGGUUAAACUGCACUACUUUGGAGCAGACGCUGCCCGCUAAUCGCUGCCGUGUGGCGCCGCCGUUUCUCGCUACAACACGAAGAGUGCCUCUAGGCCAACCUCUGCUGACCAUGCGGAGUCUGUGUGCGGUGGUCCUGGCGAUUGCCACCGCCGCCCUCAGCUCGGCAGACUCGGACACGCACAGACUGAGGCAUGACUCCAAUCUGGAGAUCUACAAGCGGCUGUUUGAGACCAAGAGGAAAGAUCAGCUCAACGCCCUCAAGAAUCUGGUAGAGCUGAAUGACAUCAACCAGCAGUACAAGAUCAUAGACAUCAUGCUCAAAGGACUCUUCAAGGUGUUGGAGGACUCCAGACAAAUCCUGGUUGCAGCCAACAUGCAGCCUGAUGACCCUUUCCCAAUGGACGACAAGAUCAAAGAAGCGUAUUCCCACGUGGUGGAGAACACAGCAUUUUUUGGUGAUGUGGCACUGCGUUUCCCACGUAUUGUCCACCACUACUACGACCGGAACACCGACUGGGGCGGUCUGCUGCGCUGGGGGCUUAAUUUCUGUAACCAGACGGGGGUUUUCACAGGAGGAGCCCACCAACAUGUCCUCACACUAAUGUCACAGGAGUUGGGAAUAACAGAGAAAUCCCCAGACUUUACAAACCCGUACCGCACAGAGAGAGACGAUGUGCUCCACACUGCCGAGGCUUUCCAGAAGAUCCUGAGGGAGGAGGAGAAGAGGAGGAGGAAAGAAGAGAAGAGGAAAGAAAUCAGGAAAGGCCCUCGCAUCUCCCGCUCCCGCACCGAGCUAUAGCGCCGCACCUCAGUGCUUGCGGAGAGCAGAGUACGAAGAAGGAAGGAGCAUACGCACAGUCCACAAGGGGUGGCUUGACUUGUAGACUCCGACGACAGUGGAGGAAAUAAAAGCUGUCAUGACUUGUACAAAAGCCAGGUGCUCUGUUGAAAACAAGAGAGGGACCUUCAAGGUGACACAAAAAACUAAACUGGAAGUGGAGGUUGAGUCGCUGUGCAUCUACAGUGAUGUAUAAUUGGAAAAUGUAACGUUGUAUAGGAGGUAAAAGAGGUCUCUGGAGUAGGAGGUGAUAAGGGAAACUCAUUUUUGAUAACUUGAGGAUUACAUAACUGUACUUUGGAAUAUAAUUAAUUUUAGUAUAAUCUUAAAAAAAAAAACAACUUUGCAAAACCCCACUGUAUUGUGUCUGGUCUAGAUUUAAUGUGUCUCAAAUCCAUA